AUUUAUUGUUUUUAUAUUUAUUUUAACAAAAUAUUUCUUGUGACACGAUAUUUAAUAAAAAAAAAAAAAUAGUUUAUUUUCAUAUCAUUUAUAUGAUAAAAAAAAAAUAGUUUAUUUUCAUAUCAUAUAAGCUACAGUAUAUAUUUAUGUGAUCAUUACUCUGUUGUGAAAUUAUAUUUACAAAAGAGAUGUGUUAUUAAAUCUCUCUCCAUAUUUUACAGUGUAUUUUGAUAAUCCAUUUCAAUCUUUCCAACAUGCAAACAUUACGAAUAUUUUACUACAUAUUGAUAUUUAUGUUCACAUUAAGAAAUAAAACAAACGCAGAGGAGCAUCGAACGCAAAAUAAGUCAUGUACAAUUGGAUUUGGUAUAGUUGACGACUGUGUUAUAGAUAACACGUUAAGUGAUCACGUUUCCUCUCCAGAUGUUAAGCACAACGAACUAGGCUCCGAAGAAUAUUAUUACAUUAUUGUGAAGAACGAUGACUUGGAUGAUGCUGUUAGGAGCAACGUUUCUUCACAUGAUUUGUUGGACAGUGAGACAGACACUAAUACAGGCAGCAGAGAAUCUGUUGAAAGAAUCGAAACUGAUGAAUUAUACACUACUGAAAUCCCUACUGAAACAGACGAACCAACCACCGCCACCACUGAAGCCACUACCACCGAAGCUAGCUCUGAGGAAACAGACGAACCGACCACCGUCACCACUGAAGCCACUACCACCGAAGCUAGCUCUGAGGAAACAGACGAAACGACCACCGUCACCACUGAAGCCACUACCACCGAAGCUAGCUCUGAGGAAACUGACGAACCGACCACUGUCACCACUGAAGCCACUACCACCGAAGCUAGCUCUGAGGAAACCAAUACUGAAACCACAGCGCCAAUAUCUACUACCCCAACUCCAGAGGACAAAAUCGAUCAGAUUUUAGAGGACAUCCAUGAAAUUCUACAAAACGGAACAGACCUUACCAUCGAUGAUAUUAGUGAUGUAUUUGAGCAGGUGAAUGAUCUCUUAGACAUAAAUGACGACGUAACCUUCCCUGGCGAGCUACUAGACUUACUUGACACUUUGGGAUCUAAAAUCCAAUUAAAUGGUGAACCAAAUGGUACUGUUAUCGGAGAAAAUUUAGCAUUACUUAUGGCAGACGCCUCAUCUGAUAAUCCCGUUAAAGGACUGAGGCUAAAGGAUGGGUCUAGUGGAACACGCAACUCAUUCGUUAAGGAUUCAUUUGAAUUUUUAUCUGACGAUGACAAUUCUAAUCAUCUCGAUGCUGAUCUAAGCGAAGCUAUAGUUUAUUUACCAGACUCUGUAGCAAACUCUACGAGGCGAAUCAGUUUUGUCGUGUUUCGAGAUGGCCAAGCAUUUGAUCACAAGAAUCCUCAUGUCUUCGUCAACAGCAGAGUACUUAGUGUUAAUGUGGAGAAUUUGACACAGUUCGAUCAGAAUGAGGUGGUAACAAUCCAUUUGAAGCCUUCAAGGACCCCAGAACGAAGUAUGAAUCGAUCUUGCGGUUAUUGGAUAUUCCUAGACGAGAACACCGGAUAUUGGUCUCAAGAAGGCUGUACCUUUAUCCAGUCAAGCAACUUAGCUCUUUUAGAUACAUGUAAAUGCAAUAGUCUUGGACGUUUUGCAGAAAUAUUCACUUUACGACCUACUUUUUCUAAGAGCAAUGAGAACGCAUUAAAAGCUAUUUCUAUAACUGGUAGUAGUCUAUCUAUUAUUGGUGCUAUUUUUAUUGUACUCACAGCCAUGUUGUUCAAUUCUUGGAGGACUAAUUUUGCUAAUCAAAUAUGGUUACAGUUGAAUAUUGCAUUAUUUAUAUUAUCAGUUUGCUUUUUAGUUGUUGUUUCUGUAAGGUACGUCGAAUAUAGUGUUUCAUGUUUGCUCACUGGAAUCGUUUUGCAUUAUUCUGUAGUGGCAACAUUUUGUUGGAUAUUAGUGGCUGUUAUAAAAGCAUAUAGAGAUUCGGUUGUGCCCUUAAGUAGCCGCAUCUCUCAUAAAAUGUCAAUUGCAUCUGGUUUUUCCUGGGGAACUCCUAUAGUAUUGAUCGCUAUAUAUCUGUUAGUAGCCAAGGAGCCAUACGUAGGUCGUUUCGAAGAUAUGACACCUAGUGGAAGUUUCUGUUAUCCAUCCGGUAUAGGACUAUGGUUGUCAGUGUAUACGCCCAUGGCUAUCGUACUGUUAGUUAAUGUGAUUUUAUUCUUCUACAUAGUUGGAUUCGCAUCCAGAAGUACACAUAUUCAGAACGUAGAACACGCUCAUAAGGCCAUUAGAUAUGCUCGCGUAGGCUUUGCUCUUGUAAUUAUUUUCGGUUUGGCCUGGAUAUUUGGACUUUUCGCUUACAAUAUUGUCGCGGCUUACAUAUUCACUAUUACAGUAACUCUUAAAUGUUUUAUUUUAUUCUUAUUCAUUGUAUGUGGUGAUAAAGAAACUAGAGAGCUUUGGCUUUGUAAAUUGAAUUUAAAACCAGGACCCACUCAUCAAUAUUCUAGGCGGUUUACGCCACCGUAUUAAUAGUAUGUAAUAUUUAGGAUAUUUUAAAUUAUUUGUUCAUUUUAUUUAUUUUAGGAGUUGUUAUGAGUAUGGCAUAGUAUCUAACAAUAGAUUUUCCAAAACGAGGAGUAUAUAGAUCUGUUGUUAUCUAUUAUUGUUAGUAUUUAAAGUAUGUAUUAUUAGUAGUAAUUAUUGUAAAUAAUUCCACCCAGUAUAUUAAGUGUUACAAAUAUUGUUAUUUUUUUAAUUAAAGUGCUUUGUUAUAUCAAUA